AUGCGCUGGACUCCUACCAACGACCAGCUCCUCCUCCUCAAAAUCCUCGAAACCCAUGACCUCUCCGUCGACACCAAGCGAGUCGCAGCUGCCUGGCCCAUCUCCGAAGGCGAAGACCGUCCCACCCCCCGCGCCAUCGCCGAACGUCUCGUCAGAAUGCGCCAGGCCGCUCGGGCCUCCGGCGGCGUAGACGCCCACUUCUCCAUCGGCAAGGGUAUGAAGAACAGCAGUCCGAUAACCACACCCCGCAAGUCACGCAAGACCGGUACUGCGUCGACUCCCGGCUCGAGCAAGCGUAAGCGCAGCAAGAACGAUUCCGAUGAAGAGGAAUUGGCAAUGUUGUCGUCAUCAUCGUCGUCGUCUUCGCCUGCCGUUAUCAAACAUGAGAAUGGAAUUGAACCUGAUACUCCUACUAAGGGGAAGAUUAAGAAGCAGCUUGCUAUGAGAACUGCUGCGGUGGCGGGGAGCAGUAGCCAGGGUUGGGCUGUGGGGGAGCGGAAGGGCAAGGUUGAGAGAGCGGUUAUGGCUGCUGGAAAUGUGAAUAUGAUGGAGGGACCUGGAGGAUCGCCUACCAAGCGUGUGAGGAAGGCUAGUGUGCUUCCGGCUGGAAUGGUGAGUUGGAAGAGUGAUGAUGAUGAGCCGGAGGUGGAGAGCUCGGCUUCGGAGUAUGUGCCUGAGGUGGAGGUUAAGGGGGAGGAGGUGGAGGUGGAUGUGGAGGAAGAUGCUGAGUAUGUUUGA